AUGCAUCUCGCCGGGCGCUCAACUAGGGAGGAUGAGGAGGCCCUUCUCCCUCAAAUACCAGUGGACGAAGUGGAUCCUCACACGAGGCGACCGUCGCCGUCCAGAUGGAGAAAGAGUCUUCGCUCGGUUUCGCUCCGAGUGAUCUUCUGGCAAUGCCUUGCCUUCAUGAGGCCGAGUUUCUUAGCAAAGUGGUCGCCGGCCGAAGAGUCGGAGAAGUUGAACGCGGCGUCGUCGAGAAAGCCGCACUCGACGGAAUAUCUUGACGGCGUCCGCGGCGUCGCCUCCCUGAUAGUUUUCAUCUUACACUGGACUCACAUCCCGUACCCAUCCAUCAAUUCGGGAUGGGGAUACAAGGACAACACGUCUUUCUGGCUGCUGCCGUUCGUCCGGAUCAUAUACUCUGGCGCUGCCAUGGUAUCCGUAUUCUUCGUCGUCUCCGGCUUCGUGCUUUCCCACCGGUUCAUCCAACGGAUGCACCGCCAAGAAUACACAGAGCUGUUCUCCGGGCUGGCGUCGCUGACCUUUCGCCGGGCCUUCCGCUUAUUCCUCCCGGCCUUCGCCUCUAGCACGAUGGCCUUCGUCUGUGCUUACCUUGGCAUAAUAGACAUCCCGAAGAAGGUGGAUGGGAAACCGUUCGAGCACGGCCUAACGUCGUAUCUCGAAUACCUCGACAUAGAGUCGAACCCGUGGGAAUGGACGCCGGACUUUUCCGGAUUCUAUAAUCCUCAACUAUGGUCCAUCGCCGUCGAGUUCCGGGGAUCUAUGGUCGUCUUCCUACUCAUUAUCGGGUUAGCCAAGACCCGAACUGCCGUUCGACUAAUCGUCGAAGGCCUGCUCAUGAUCCAUUGUUUUGGACAUAAGCGCUGGGACCUUGCCCUGUUCAUCUCGGGCAUGUCCCUAGCAGAGAUCGAAGUAGUAUGGAAAAAACCCAAAAACCCAUCAGCGAGAAAAGUUGUAAAUGCGCUGCUCAUACUAAGUAUGAUACUCGGCCUCUUCCUCUGCGGCUACCCUCGAGACCACAACACCCAAACUCCCGGAUACAUGUGGUCCAAAUAUGUUUGGCCCUUCAGCGCGUACCGUCGGCGGUACUGGCUGGCCAUCGGAGCCAUGCUCCUCGUUGGCCCCAUGGCCUUUCUGCCAUCGGUCCAAUCGAUUUUCCUGACUCGACCGGCUAGAUAUCUCGGGCGGAUAAGCUUCGCGCUGUAUCUCGUCCACGGGCUUGGUAACCGCACAAUCGGAAAGUGGCUCCUUGAGGCCUGCUGGGCGUAUAUUGGCAAGGAAGGGCUUUGGCCUUACGGAGUAAGCUUUACUGUCUCUACGUUGUUGUAUUUCCCUCUCGUGAUAUGGGCCUCUGAUGUGUUCUGGAGGGGAAUCGAUGUGCCCUCAACAAAUUUUGCAAGAUGGAUGGAGAAGAAAUGUGCUGCACCACAGAUUGUGAGGUGA